GAAAUGGACGGUUUUGCCGAUGGGCAGCUGGAGGAGGAAGGCUGCGGCGACUUUGAACCUCUGCCUGCACUCUCGGAGGACGAGGAGAACGUGUCUCUUGCUGAUGUUUUGUCACUGCAGGAUAGCUGUCUUACUGAGCAUGAUAUCUGGGCUAUUUGCCUGGAGUGCAGCCAGUCUCUGAAGAGCAUUGCCCAUUCUGCAAUCUUCUAUACACUUUGCAUUACUCCUGACACUUUGGCUUUUAACACCAAUGGCAAUGUAUGCUUCAUGGAACAGAUCAGUGAUGAUCCAGAAUGUGCAUUUGUGCCACCAGAGAUUGAUGUAACUGGCAACACUUUUGCAGUACAUAUCUUUUCCUUGGGUGCCACACUAAAAGCAGCAGCUGAGUACAUGAUGAAGCCUGAAAUAGAUUCAAAAUUUAGCCAAGAUUUGCAUGCUCUCCUUGAACAAAUGCAGGUAGAAAAUCCUAAAGAGAGGCCAGAUCUUGAGAAUGUCAUAUCAAUCUGUAAAGAGAAAUUGAAGUUUUCUUCCUCCACUGAUAUUUGCCAGUGCCUCUAUUCUACUGGAAGAAGAGUGCUUUCAAUUGAACCAUGUGACAACUUUCAAGACAGUUGUGAUAACAUGUGGGAAGAAAAGGCCUGUGAAAGGAUUUCACCUUAUGAUCACUGCACAGAAGAUAACUUAAGAGAGAAUUCAUCUCUAGAAGUGGACGAAAUGAAAGCAGCUAGUGGUAGAAAUGCUUCCGGCCUACAUGCUAUGAAUUACAAUAACAGAGACAGAAAAGAAAUUAAAAAUGGAACACUGUGUGGUCAAAACAUUUCAACUUGGGUUACUAAAUGUAAAGAAGACAACAGCAAUAUAAAAUACAAAAACACAAGUGAAAUGGGGAGUGAGGUGUUUGAGGAAACUUGUUUGAGGAAAGUAAAGACACUGCCAAUGCUACCUUUUGGAUCCGAGACAGAUGCAAGAAUUUCCUGCCCAUUUACAAGGCACAAUGGACCAUUAACAAAGAAACGGCAUCGGUUGCAACAUAAACCAUUAGCUAUAAUUCAUAAUAAUGAGCAUAUUGUUUUAGAAGGAAAAUUAAAUCAGAGUGAGAGAAGUAAUAAAGUUGGAUCAAAAGCAUCAUAUUUCCAGGUGACAAACGAUAACCUUGAGGAUGCUUGCCUGGGCCAAGAGGGAACCUGCAUUUCUAAACACCACAUGACAAUCCAGGAUGACAAAAAAGCACAUUUUCUUCCAUAUAAUCUUGUGGUUUCUGAAACAUCUGACAGCAGUGGUGCACUAAAAGGACCACAUGAGUCAAGAUCUGGCCAUAAAAUACUAGAAAAUUAUGAUACAUGGGAAUACUGUGGUGAAACUUCAUCAAGGUCAAAUGAAAAUGGUUUGUUACAUAUUAACAGGAAGCCUGGAGUGGUUGCAGCACUUAAUGAACAUGGAUGUAGCUCAAUCCUACUAAGUUCCACAGAACAUACUCACAGUGAGAGGAAAGGCUAUUAUAUUGAAGAUAUACCAGAUGGAGACAGGGAGUCAGAAAUGAAAGAUAAAGAACAGUGUGCUUUUCUGAAACAUCUCUUAAUACAGUAUGGUAAACCACUGAAAGACUAUGAACUCUGGGCAUUAUGCCAUGAAUGUUUGCUUACUCUGGAAGCAUAUGCAGAUUAUCCAGCAUAUUUGUGUUUAGACUCUGUGGUGAUAAACUGUGAUGGAAGUGUUCUCUUUGUUUCACCUAAAAGUGAAGGAUCAUAUGAUAUGCAUUAUUUAGCCCCUGAGAUGGCAGACGAGGGUUUUGUUACUGAAAAGGUAUGUAUUUACUGUAUUGCUGCAAUUUUGUGGAGAGCAGCAAAAUGCAAUUUUCCACCUGAUCACAAACUUGUGUUACCAAGAAAACUGAAGAAUUUUCUUCUAGAUAUGGCAAGAAGAAAGUCGGAAGACAGACCUUCUCUGGCAGAGGCAAUUAAGAUAUGUGAUAGCUAUCUGCUUGAACAAAGUAUAAACAGCAAGACAACUCUGGCAUUUUUAAUCAAAUCUACCUUUCAGGCUUUCAGAGAAAUGGAUCCUUUAAAUGAUAGCUUCCCUUUUGAUUUUCAAAGUGAAAGAAACACUGUGAAUGAAAACAUAGGAUUUUUACCUAUGAACAAUGAAAACAAGCUGAUAGCAGUAAAAGGACCGGUCCCCUGCCAGCCAUCUUUAAACAGAGAAAGCACCAUGUUGCCACAUGCUUUCACAUCGUCAGCAACCCACUUUAAGCCUAUUAUCCUGCAACAAAAUACAGAUAUUCAAAAGGAUACCGUUGCAUCUACAGAGAUACACUGUGAAACAACUGUGAAGAAAGUGGAUAGCAAAAAUUCAAUGCACUUAAAUAUUGAUGCUAAAAACCAGAUAGAUGAGAGCCCGGAUUUGCCAGCUGUUUACAUGAUGUCUGGUAUUUUGGAGCAUGGUAAACAAGAAUUGGAAACAUUACUUCAGAAUGACCCAGAAGAGCAAUCUCCAAGCCAUACUAGUUCAUCGCUGGAUGAAUUGCCAUUAUACUUUGAAUCAUCAUUUGUUUCUCAAGAAAAGUGUAUUUCACAAGCACCUUCCUCAAGCCAUUCAAACUGUACCAUGUCAUCUAGUAUGGCUUUUAUAAAUAACUUCCUUUUGAAGCAGGACCCAGAGACAAGAGUGUUAACUCUUGUACCUGUGCAGAUGGCUAUAUCAGAGCAAAUACCAAAUAAGCCUCUCCAUUCAAUAGCCUACAGUUGCUGUCCUAGUUUGCAUGUCCUCCUUACAGAUUCUGUAUUGGGCUAUGAUGCCAACAAAAACCUACAAAAUAAUUCAUCUGCUAACAAUCUGAGAAAUACCAGUAAUGUACAAAAUGAGUGUUGGGACAUGAAAAUCAAGUCUAAUAGUUUACCUCCACCUAUGAUGAAUAAAGAGACUCAAACAAAGUGUUCUGAAAGGAAUACAUUCCAUGCAUUUUGUAAGGAAUCCAACAAAGAUGCAAAAAGCAGAGUCCCUUUACCAGAUCACAAAUUGCACGCUUGCAUAGGCCAAAAUCCUGCUUGUUCAUUUGCCUUAGAAAACUCUCACCAAGAUAGUAGGGUUAAUGAAGUUUUCUUGAAGAAUGUAGUGCAUCUUAUCCAAGAGGAGUUUGCAUUUAAUAAUUAUCUGGAUGACACAGCUGAAGCACUGACUAUGGGUAAAUAUAUUUCCAGUUUAAAGGAUCUGAAGUAUAACACAUUCUGUAAUGCCAUCUCUGAGAAAUUUUGCGACCUUUAUUGGGAAGAAAAACUGCUAGGAAAGCUUUAUGCUGCAGCAAAUGGUAGAAUUACUCUGCCUGGAAGAGAAAAUGAAACAAAAAAUAUUGGCAGGUCAUUUCAGAGUCAAAAUGAAUCAAACUACUUUCCAAAUGCCAGUGAGGAAACAAAUGUUUCUAUAGCUGAUGUAAUGGCAGAUGGCCUUCUUCAAGAUAAUACUGCAAAUGAAGUCAUGUCACAAGAGGUUAUAAUUGGGACUACAGUAGACGAAGAAUGUUUGCAGAUGAAUACAUAUUCAAGCUUGCCAGUAGAGAACCCCAAGGAAGAAGAAGGGCCAGUAAAGAUGGAGGAAAAUAAUUCCGCCAGAUCUCCCUCCAUAUUUGAAUUGUAUGGGUUAUGUCCUGGCUGGAUCAGUGCAUUUUAUGGUCCAGACUGUUUUAAUAUGGAAGUUCUUAACUAUGUUAGAAAGCUUGGAAAGAAGAAAACUAAUGGAACUCAAAAUAUAGAUGCUAAAAAAGUGGAACUUGAACAGUUGAUAAUGAUUGAGACAAAAAAUUAUAGAAAGAGUGUAAAAUUCUACCAGAGGCUGCUGCAUAAAGAGAGAAGCAGCAAAGGUGGUGAAGUGAAAGCAAUGCUGCCCAGAUUGAAGGGACAGCUAGAAGAAAUGAAAUCAAAGGUACAGUUUCUUGAACUGGUGAAGAAGUAUCUUCAGAUUAUGUAUAUAGAAAAAUGGGGAGUUGAAACAUGCAACCUGAUUGCAGUGGCUAACUUGGCAAGAAGCAAAAUCCCACCCAUCAGCUCCUUGGACUGCAUGCUCCUUUUCUAUAAUAUAAAUAAGACCCAAUGUAAAGACAAUCAAAAGCCAUCAAGAAACCUACAAGCUGGAACACCAGUUGGACUAAUGGCAUAUCUCUACUCCAGAAAUGCAUUUUUAGAAGGCUAUGUACAUCAGUUCCUCUUCAUCUUUCGCUAUUUCUGCACACAAGAAGAACUUUUGCAAUUUCUUCUUGAUAGAAUCAGGAUCACCUUAGCUAACCCUGACUCUUGUUCAUUGCUUAGCAAAAUAUACCACCGCAGUUUCUCCAUUCUACAGACUUGGAUUGAAGACUGUUACACUGUAGACUUUACAAUAAACCCUGGCUUUAUGAGUACACUAAAAGACUUUAUCAUUUCCAAGGUAGUUCCACUCAAUGGCUAUGGCAAAUGGUUGCUGUCAUUGCUUGACCGCAUUGCCAGCAAGAAAGAUAGCAAUGUUUCACAAUGGUACAGGAUGGAAGAAUGGGAAGAAGAGAAAGAAAUCAAUGAAACUCCAUCUUUAAACUCUUCAUAUAAAAGGAUCUCAAAAGAGAUUUUACAAAAGAACUUUAACUGGAAACAUUCAAAAGGCAGUGAAGCUUCUGUACCAAGUGGGAGAGAUGGACAAUAUAGCAUUGCAUCAGUUUUAUCACAGCCAUGCUAUACAAAUGUAAAAGAAGAAUCUUCCAUCUUCUGUGCUAAACUAGAUGAAGGACCAUAUUUUUUAACAGAAUACACUGCACAACAACUUUGCUCUCAGCUGACACUGCUGGAACAGGAAAUGUUCCAUAAAUGUCAUCCAGUACACUUCCUAAACUCAAGAGUGCUUGGAGUCAAAGACAAAAGUGUCCCUCUCCAAAGAUCUUCUUCCUCUGAGUUGUUGCCCACUCAAGUCUAUACCCUUUUUGUGAAAAACUGUGUCCAAGAUGAUUAUCUCCUCAAACUUUUAAAGUAUGCAGACAAUGUUAGUAUCUGGGUUGCUGCUGAAAUUGUGACAAGCUACAGUUCUAAGGUACAGGUGAAAUUACUGUCAAAAUUUCUCUCCAUUGCAAAAUGUUGCUAUGAGCAACGAAAUUUUGCUACUGCAAUGCAAAUCCUAAGAGGUCUGGAAAAUCUCAUUGUAAGACAAUUGCCAGCUUGGAAAUGUUUGCCUUCUAAAGUAUCUGACAUAAUGGAAGAACUAAAGGCUGUUGAGGUAUUUUUAAAAAGUGACAGCUUGUGUUUAAUGGAAGGAGAGAAGUUUAAGACUUCACCAACAAUCCCAUCAGCCCAUGUUCUGGCAAUGCAUGCCCAGCAGCUUGAAACAGGAGGAUUUACCAUGAGAAAUGGCACAUAUAAAUGGACUAAACUUAGAAACAUUGCAAAAGUUGUGAGCCAGAUCCAUGCCUUUCAAGAAAAUCCCUACGACUUCCUUCCAGAUCACCAACUACAAUCUUUUUUAAGACAAAGAAUAGAUUCUCUUAACGAUGCAGACAUCUCCUCCUUGGCAGCUGACAACUGCACUAAUUUUUACCGGAUACAAGCUGAGAAGCAGUCCCAAAAAAUCCAAGACACAUUGCACAGGAUGAAGGCAAUGUUUCAGUAAUUGUUUACAUUUUAUGUGCCUCUAAUAUUUAAGAUUUACUGUAAUUUAACUCUUGGGCAUGUUACCAGAUUGUGACAAAUGUGUCAAUGGAUUAACAAUAUAAACCAAUGCAGAUUUACUUGGAAGUAAGUAAGGGUACAUAAGAUUGCAGUCUUCCUCUCCAUGUGCAAAUAGCACUGGCCAAGUUUCAAAAAAUCCAAAUGAGCAAAAUAGGGCGAGCUGUGCUGUGCUUCUUUACUUAAUAGAAAUUUACCCUUGGAAGAUGUUGCAAAAGAUAUAUUCUAAGUAAAUUAACAAAAUAUUAAAUUCCUCUACAUAUUUCUUUUGACUUGAAAGGGAGCAGUUAUUGGAGAACAUGCGUUCUACAGCAAGUCUGGAUAUAUCUGGUCAAAAGCUGGUUCAUUCCAGGCUUUUUGCUAGCAUUGAUAGACAAGCAUAAAGAUGUGUGAGGUCCCUCGUGUGGAGGGGAUGUUUUCUGGGAUGGAGCAAGUUUAGGGAUGGCUGCUUCUGAAAGUUCCUGUUAAGGAAUCCUUGACUUUGUGGGUCCUGAAUAAUGGGCUUCAUCUUGAGAUUGGUAACCAGCACCUUUGUCUCCAGAGCUGUCGGUUCAACUGGCUUGGCUGUCCACUUCCUCAUCUAGGUCAAAGUCAUGUUCUGCACUGUUGUGGGGAAGGGUGAAGGUCCUGAUACUCAGUCCACAAAGACAGUUUCUUGAAAAUGAAAAACCACCUAUAAAGGUCACAUAUUAAGAAAAAAGCAGAACAAAUAUAUCUUUUAAGUAGAUGCAUUAGUCUUCAGAGU